AUGACCAAAUGGGCCGUCGAACUGGCAGAGCACGACAUCGGCUAUCAGCCUCGCACCGCUAUCAAAGCUCAGGCCCUGGCAGACUUUCUCGCCGAGGGAGCCAGUUUGUCAGUGACUGAGUCGAGCUCUUUGCCCGAAGAGGCACGGCAGGAAGAGCCGUGGGUAUUAUUUGUGGACGGAGUCUCGAGUAAGGAAGGGAGCGGAGCCGGCCUGCUACUCACCUCGCCCACCGGGGAGGAGCUGACCUAUGCACUCAGAUUUGACUUCCCGGCAUCCAACAAUGAGGCUGAGUACGAGGCCCUAUUGACAGGAUUGCGGAUUGCCCACCAGAUGAGUAUAACCGCGAUCAGGGUCCGGAGUGACUCUCAACUCGUAGUCUGCCAGGUCCGCGGGGAGUACGAGGUCAAGGAGGAUGUCAUGAAAGAAUAUUUGGCUAAGGUGCGGAAGGCGAUAAAACUGUUCGACAUUUUCGAGAUUGAGCGGGUGCCGAGGUCACAGAAUAAGCGGGCAGACGCCCUGUCGAAACAAGCGUCCUCCUCGUUUGUCCACCUGAGUAAGGAAGUCUUGGUGGAGGUAGUUAAGCAAAAAAGCAUUGGCCAGAUCCAGGUCUUGACUAUAGACAGCCCGGCCACUUGGAUGACUCCCCUCGUAAACUUCCUCAGCUCGGGUGCCCUCCCAGUGAACAAAAUCGAGGCUCGCCGACUCCAGCUCAGAGCUGCUAAGUACGCGUACGUCGGGCGGAUCCUCUACAGGAGGUCGUAUCUGUCUCCCUGGCUAAAGUGCAUAACUCCUGAGGAGGGCGACUAUAUCUUCCGAGAAGUUCACGAAGGCCUGUACGCAGCACAUGUGGGGUCCCGAGUGUUGGCCAAAAAAUGCCUGCUCCUAGGCUACUACUGUCCCUCGGUGUUUCGGGAUGCCGCGGCUUUUGUUCAGAAAUGCCGAGCCUGCCAGGUGCACGCCCCGCUGCGUCACCAGCCCACUCGGGAGAUGGUCCCCAUCCACAGUCCUUGGCCCUUUGCCCAGUGGGAAAUAGACCUCCUGGGUCCCUUUCCCCGAGCUCCCGGAAGGUACGAACACCUCGUGGUGGCCAUCGACUAUUUCACAAAGUAG